CACAUCAGUCACACAGACGUACGAGAAGUCACCCUAGAUGACUUCGAUCUUGCAAGUUUCGCAAUUGCUUCUCCCUACUCCACCCCAUCUAACACCAACUGCUUCUAGAUACUCUCCAGUAGUCUAGAGGGAGGUCGCCUGCAUCCUGAAGUCCAUUACCUCCCAAACAUUAGGUUCCAAUACCUGACAGGUUUAAACGAUCCGAGGAAAUUAGGGCAGGGGAGAGACGAUGAAGAUCUCUCAGGUUCUCCAAGUUGUAGCCGUAGCGCUCCUGGUUUUCGCGCUUUUGCCCGAGUAUGGCGCAGCAUCCGUCGAUGAUAUUGGCCUUAACGCCGAUUUCGAGCGAUUCGCCGUGCGGUCUUCACGCGGCAAUGCGCGCCUAAGGAAGAUGCGUAUUCUUGCCAGCACGGCCUCCGGCGGUAACACCAACUCGGGUGGUAGCACCGGAUCAGCGGGCUCUGCCUCCAACGGCGGCACCAACACCGGCGGCAACACCAAGUCUGGCGGCAGCACGAACACCGGAGGCAGCUCCAAUUCCAAUGGCGGCACCAACUCCGGUGGCAGCACCAACUCUGGCGGAAGCACCAACACUGCCGGCAAUACCGCCACCGGCGGUAGCACCGCUUCUAGCGGCAACACCAACUCCGGCGGCAAUACUGGCACCGGCGGCAGCACCAACAGUGGCGGCAGCACCAACGCCGGUGGCAGCACCAACGCCGGUGGCAGCACCAACGCCGGUGGCAGCACCAACGCCGGUGGCAGCACCAACGCCGGUGGCAGCACCAACGCCGGUGGCAGCACCAACGCCGGUGGCAGCACUAACGCCGGUGGCAGCACUAACCCCGGUGGCAGCACCAACCCCGGUGGCGGCACCAACGCUGGUGGCAGCACCAACGCUGGUGGCAGCACCAACACUGGUGGCAGCACCAACACUGGUGGCAGCACCAACACUGGUGGCAGCACCAACGCUGGUGGCAGCACCAACACUGGUGGCAGCACCAACGCUGGUGGCAGCACCAACACUGGCGGCAGCACCAACGGCGGCGGCAGCACCAACGGCGGCGGCAGCACCAACGGUGGCGGCAGCACCAACGGCGGUGGCAGCACCAACGGCGGUGGCAGCACCAACAGCGGCGGCAGCACCAACGGCGGCGGCAGCACCAACAGCGGCGGCAGCACCAACAGCGGCGGCAGCACCAACGGCGGCGGCAGCACCAACGGCGGCGGCAGUACCAACGGCGGCGGCAGCACCAACGGCGGCGGCAGCACCAACAGUGGCGGCAGCACCAACAGCGGCGGCAGCACCAACAGCGGCGGCAGCACCAACAGCGGCGGUAGCACGAACUCAGGUGGUAGCACCAACAGCGGCGGUGUCACUGGUACCGCUGGCGGCACCAGCUCUACCGGGGGCGUUGUGCUUCAGCCCAAUGGCUGCCUGCAGAACCAAACCCUCUGCGGCGCUCUUUGCGUCGACACCAAGAGCGACCCGAACCAUUGCGGCAGCUGCAACCGAUACUGCGCCACCGACUUCAUGUGCUGCGCUGGGACUUGCACCUCCCUUCUCACGGACAAGAAGAACUGCGGCCGCUGCGGGAGGUUCUGCCGCGGAACCUGCAUGGCUGGUACCUGCGACUAUGGCGCGGUCAGCACACCCGCCAAGAAGUAACGAAGUUACCAUUUGUAACUACAACGAUCGCGGUACCAUCGGAUUUGAUUUGGUUGUUUGUGGCAAUGGGCCUGCCUCAGAACCAAAGGCUCGUAGUAUCCCACACGCCCUAUUUGAAAUUUGUUAUGCUAUUUUGUACUUUAAAGCCCUCGUCCCCCUGUUAAUCCAGAUGUAUUACAGUGUCUAAGAGAUGCUGCUUACAAUAAUGUGUUCGGGUCCGUAGUUUCUAUUCGUUUGUUCACGAUUUCUCAUCGGCUCUGGGCGGAGAUGACUUUCUUGGGAGUAGAGCAGGCUCAGUCCCAACUACAAAACCCCUCUAAACCCCUAAAGGCUGUCGUGCAAACCUUAGCAUACCAUUUAUCAAGUUUUGGGGUUUUUUUCCGACCGUUGCACCCUCGAGAUAUUGCCUUUCACGAAGAACUAUUGUGGCGAAAAACACCGUCUCGUAAGGGUUUUCCCAGUUUCCUGGCUAAUUUGACGACAGCUGGCGGGCGAGGUCCCCACCGUUGACGCUCAAAUCAGUCCGUCUCUGCCAGGAUGAAUCGACAACCACACUUCCAGAAGUCGUCAAAACGACUGACUAGGGUUUCUCUGUUCCGUCAAUCCACAAGUUCCACCAGUGCCACAAUCCCCCAUAUGCCUGUUCAAUUCCUUGGUAUCGUUUUGUCGCUCUCCUCAAAGCUGUUAGCUGGUCAAGUUCUUGAAGCCAGUCAUUCACUGUCGAGCAGCUUGACAGGAGAGUGUGAAAGGUGAGCCGGACAUGAAUCUUGGAUGUUCUGCUUCCUGCGAGUCGCCAAUGCUGACUUCCUGCCAGGCCAUGGUGCCUUGGAGGAACAGGCCGUUCUGAUCCCGUUUCAUCUUCGCACGAAAUCGAUACGGUACCGACGUACGGUACGGUACGCGCUGGUAACGCUCCCGUUGUUUUCCUUCUCCUUUGGUGUCGUCAGUUCACCUCGACCGAGUCGAUGCUGCGAAUCGUCAGCUUUGUUCUCUGCAGGAGAUCUCAUGUCUUUCUCGACUGCGACAUAGACGUCGUAGCGUCAGCCCAUCCUUGAUGAACGACAGCGCCUGUCUCAGCUGCGACUUCGUGCAUUCGCGAAACGCGACCCCUUCAUUAGCUUCGUUUUCUUUCUCAGAAGCUUUGGUAUGCCGAAGUCACCGCCACGGUGGCUUUCGUUAAAUAUUUCCGGUUUUGGUCAACAUCGGGCUCUACUCAUGAAUCUUGGAACUGCAAGACCACCCUAAAAUGAUUCCGACUUGAGAUGCAGACACAAGAGCGGCCCCGGGCUCCCAGUUCCGCUGAACGCAACAAUUAUUCUGGUGAUUUGCGACCUGCAACGCAUGCACUUCUGCAGAAACUUUUCACUAAAUCGCGACGGCUUUUUGGUUCACAAUUCAGCGUCGCGACUCUCGUGGAAUCAACGGAGAUCACAAAA